UUAAAACAUUAUACAAAAUGCUGUCAUUAAGUAGCGUUUUAGUUUUAUUCAUCAUUGGUUUAGUCAGUUCUGAUCUAUGUUCCAGCACAAGAACUGAUAUUCAAAAUGUAAACAUCGGCAUAACAAAGCUAGAUUUGGACAAUUAUAGAGAUAUCGAUCAAACAAUUUUGGAAAUGAAACAUGCAACGGUUCGGUUGGAACAAAAAAUGCACAAAAUAUAUACAGUGUCAUGUCCAAUGGAGCCUUGUCUGAAUGGGGGAACAUGCGUAAAUGACACAUGUCUAUGUAACGAUGGCUUUGCCGGAUCAAAAUGUGAAAUAGAUGUUAACAAAACAUGUCAAUGCGACAGCAACACACUUAUACCACACCCAAAUAAAUGCCAGCUCUACUAUAACUGUAGUCAAGCGGUGUCUCCCCUUCCAACAGAAAACAGACUUUAUCCACACAUUCCGCAAGUUUUAAGACCUGCCUACCUGCACGAAUGUUCCUACCCAAAACUUUUCUCAACCACAAUUAUGUCCUGUCAGAAUUAUAAAGACGUAAAUUGUGGGUCUAGACACGAAACCAAAAAUAAAUGUGACUACCUCACGGUAAGCUAUAAUUGUCUCGGAGCUUGUAAAGACUGCAUUUAUUUCACACCUAAUUGUAUUGGAUUCACAGACGGGAUAUACAGAAAUAAAUAUGUUUCGCCACCUGGAGAGAUAUAUUUUGAAUGUCGAGACGAAAGAAAUAUUUAUGGUGGUCCAAAUCCCUGUACAGCCAAUAUGGCACCUCACCAUGGCAAUUGCAGGGACUUAUAUGAAAUACCAUCAUCCUAUUGGGGAGUUGGAUAUGGUGUUGACUGCACCGGAAGACCAAAUGGUAACUAUAAAAGUGAACGGAUGGCAAAGUGUGAUAUCUACUACACUUGUGUGAAUGGAAACUCAACGCUAUCACACUGUGAUUCGGGAAAAGUUUUUGAUUUAAAAUCUGCAUUCUGCCAAAAUCCAGCAAAUGCAUGCAACCCAUGCGGAACCGUAUAUAACGGCUGUUAACGAAAACUCCAAGAUAAUUGUAAAGAAUGAGCUAGUUUUCCGUGAUUAUAAUAUUUUUAGAAUAUAAAGAUAAUUUUCUCUGCUUUGUUUUGAAAAUAUAACUACAUACGGCAGUAUUUUUUUUCUCGGGGUUAAGAAACAACUCAGAAAAUUCUGCAAUAUUUGAAUCCGAGCAAGACACAAGAGUAAUUCGGCUUUUCAGAAUCUAAAGAAUCAUGGGUAAUUUCAUUGUUCGUACCCCAAAAUGAAAAUAACGUCACGUCAUUGGUUGAAUUUCAAUUGUUUUUGACAUUUUUAACCAAUCACGACGUUUUGGUGUACACUUUUGAAAAUAUUUCCCAGGAUGCAUCAGAUUCUGAAACGGCGAAUUACUUUGUUAAUAGAGUGCUGGCAAGUUGUUUUCUGUUAAGUUAUUAGUGAUUCGACAAUUCACAAUCUAAAUUGCUAUGAGAACUUUCAAUGUUCGCACACCAAAAUAUAAAACUCCAUCAUCUUUUUUUGUUAUUCAGAAUAAUAUCUACAAAUCACAAUGUUCUUGUGUAUAUUUUUGAUAAAAA